AUGAGAAUAAAACUGGUGGUGAUCCCUAAGAAUCUACCAAGUCUGGGCGUGCGAUUCAAUAGUACCUCUGCGGCCAUACUUACGCCCGUGCAGCAGUACGACGAAGAUGUCAAGAAAGGACUCAUUCGAAGCGACGAAUGGCAGCGUAAAGUUCUGCAAAACCUGAACUCGGUCCAUGAAGAGCUGUGCAAAUAUCGUCCACCACCAGUAUCUACGUCCUCUGGUGGUUUUUUUGCUUCUCUGUUCUCUAAAAAGACUGCACACGACUCGUAUCCGGGACCACGAGGAAUCUACAUGUACGGUGAGGUAGGAUCUGGUAAAACAAUGCUAAUGGAUAUGUUUUACCGCACUGUGCCGAGCCAUUUGACAAAACGACGUAUCCAUUUCCAUGGGUUCAUGCAGGACGUGCACAAGCGUAUUCACAAGCUCAAGACGCAAGGCAAGAAGGAGGGAGUUGCAGAGAUUAUUGCCAGAGAAGAAGCAGUGGCCUAUCGGGUCCUCUGCCUCGAUGAAAUGCAGGUUACUGAUGUGGCCGACGCUAUGAUCCUUCGAAGUUUGCUCGAAGGACUGUAUAAACACGGCGUCGUUACGUUCUACACAUCGAACCGCCCGCCUGACGAAUUAUACAAGCACGGUGUUCAGCGCGAAUCUUUUAUUCCUUGCAUCGAGCUCAUGAAAGAGCGUAACCACGUUGUCAAGCUCGUGUCGCCUACUGACUACCGUAAACUGCCUCGCCCUUCUUCCGGGUCAUACCUGUUCAAAGAACCGUCCCAGACUGAUGCAGAGUUCCUGGCUGCUGCCAAGGAACACGAAGAGAAGUGGUUCGAUUAUUUCGCUGAUGGCGAGCCAUUAGUGGAGAAUCGAGAUCUAGAAAUUUGGGGCCGGCCCAUACGCAUCCCCCGAUCGGCUGCCAACAACGUGAUGCAGUUUACGUUCAUGGAGCUCUGUGGAGAACCCCGCUCAGCUGCAGACUACCUUGAAAUGUGCCGAACAUUCAAGGCUGCAGUGGUUACUGACAUCCCUGAAAUCUCGUUGGAACAGCGUGAUCUUGUCCGCAGAUUCAUCACCUUCCUUGAUGCCGCUUAUGAUUCGCAUAUGAUGUUUGCUGCCACGACCUGGAAACCUUGGGAAACACUGUUCAAUACGAAGCAUUUAACCAUCGACCCUCACACUCAUCAAGUCAAAUUGCAAGGAGAGUCGGCUGAGGUUAUGGACAUCUCCAACUUUGUUGGUCACGAGGAAAUGUUUGCAUUUGCCCGGGCACUUUCUCGUUUGAAGCAAAUGGGUUCAGCAUCCUGGCAAGAAUAA